AUGCACACCAAUGGUUUUUACAUUUCCAACGAGUUUUACGUAAACUCGCUUGACUUCCACGGCACAAGGGACUUGCUGCUCGCAGCAACGAUCUCUGGCGCUCUAGUGUUGUAUAAUUUGAACAAGGACGGCUCUGAAUUGCAGGAGUCAUGGUCUAACCAGACUGCACAUACCAAGUCCAUCAGGAAGGCCACUUUUUCUAAGAACGGUCGAGAUCUCAUUGCCGUGGCUGCUGACAAGCGGGUGUCGCUGCUCGAUGUGGAAGGCAGCACUGUGAAGUGGUACGGCCGCGGCCACAGAGCUGGCAUUAGUACCUUCUGUAUUCUGGACAACAACACAAUCGCAACUGGUGAUGACGACGGGGAGAUUAGGGUGUGGGACACUCGGCUGGCAAAGGCCGCCUGCCGGUCGAAAGUCUCCGAGUUCGGGGACUCAGUAAACGCCAUGCUAUUGGGCAAGGAGUCUAAGGAGCUGCUUGCGCUGUGCGACGACCAGCUGGGGUGCUUCGACUUGAAAAACGGCAAAGUCUCACUGCAGGGAAUGUCGGACAAUGUCGAAGAUGAGAUGCAGUGUAUGACUUACGCUAAGGGUACGCGUAAAGUGGUGUGCGGGAGUAACACAGGCCACCUAUGCAUAUUCUCCUACGGCCGUUGGGGCGACCUCGACGAUCGCAUGACGGUGCACGCCAAUAGCGUCGAGACCGUAGUUGCCUUCGAUGAAGAUACCGUGCUGGUUGGCGGUGAUGAUGGAAAGGUGCAUGUGGUUUCCAUUCACCCAAAUUCCGCGCUUGGUACCAUCGACAGCAUCCACAGGCUUGGGCUCGACAUAUCAAGCACCGACUCGUUGUGCAUUAAUAGAGACAAGAGUCAUUUGGCGAAUAUCGAGAACAUCUGCAUCGUGCCGACCGAUGUCGUGUCCGCCCUGAUUGAGGGUGAAGAACUGGAAUCAGGAUUCUUCGGUGAUUUAUAG